GAGGGACCGGAAGUGCCUGGCAGGAGGAAGCUAGGUUGCCCUGGUAGCAGAGGAGUCUGGCCUGGAGGAGCCCUCCCCUCCCCCCGCGCCCCAGAGACUCGGCGGGGCCGACCCCGUCCUCGCGCUUCCCCCUCCCCCACCCGCGGGGCCCCUGGGCUGGUCCCCCUCGCUGCUCCCCGAGCCCUGCGGGGCCCCGCCAUGGACCUGGCUCCUGCCAUGACCGACAUGUACGACCAGGCGCUGCUGGGCAUCCUGCAGCACGUGGGCAACGUCCAGGAGUUCCUCGGCGUCCUCUUCGGCUUCCUCUACCGCAAGACGGACUUCUACCGCCUCCUGCUGCGGCCGGACGACCGGCUGGGCUUCCCGCCCGGGGUGGCGCAGACCAUGGCCCUCAAGGCAUUCAAGAACUUUGAACACCUGGCCCGUCAGGAUGAUGAGAAGAGGCAGCGGGAGCUUGUGGAGAAGAUGAGGAAAAGGGAGGAGGAAGCGGCAGCGGAGAGGAUGAAAGUGCCUGCUGUAGCUCAGGAAGUUGAGAUCCACUCGGCACCAGAGCCAGUCCCUGGCCCAGAUGAUGGGGCUGCCGCCAGGCCUCAAGAGCCCACGGCAGCAGAGGAGACAGCCAAAGCGGCGGACAGCUCUGUGGCCACAGAGCCACCAGGAGCAGCUGCCCCAGUGGAGUCCCAGCCAUCAGCAUUGCCCAAGAGGCAGGAGCAGUUCCAGACCAACCCUGACAGUUACAAUGGAGCCGUGCGAGAGAACUACGCCUGGUCCCAAGACUACAGCGACCUGGAGAUUAAAGUGCCGGUGCCCAAGCACAUUGUGAAAGGCAGGCAGGUGUCGGUGGAUCUCAGCAGCAGCUCAAUUCGCGUGGCCGUGCUGGAGGGGAGCAGCCAGCGUGUCCUCGUGGAAGGGAGACUCACCCACAAGAUCAACACGGAGAGUUCCCUAUGGAGUCUGGAACCAGGGAAAUGCAUCUUGAUCAACCUGAACAAGGUGGGGGAGUACUGGUGGAGUGCCAUCCUGGAGGGAGAGGAGCAGAUAGACAUCGAUAAGAUCAACAAGGAGCGUUCGAUGGCCACGGUGGACGAAGAGGAGCACGCCGUGCUGGACAGGCUGACCUUCGACUACCACCAGAAACUGCAGGGCAAGCCCCAGAGCCAUGAGCUGAAGGUGCACGAGAUGCUGAAGAAGGGCUGGGACGUGGAAGGCUCCCCGUUCCGGGGCCAGAAGUUCGACCCCGCCAUGUUCAACAUCUCCCCUGGGGCCGUGCAGUUUUGACGACGCCCAGCGAGGAAGGGAAAAUCACCAUCCACGCUUGGGAUUGGAGGCCAAGGCCAGCGCCACUGUGUGUAACCAGCUAGCACGGGGGCAAAGCCUGGGCUUCCCCCUCUGCCUGCUCCCAUGAGUGAUGUCCAGCCGCCCCUUUAUCCUGGUGCUGCCACCGGGGGCUGUUUGCCAACAGCCAGCCGCCAACCGGCUGGGGUGGGGGUGUGGUUUGGGGGGAGGGGGGAAUGCCAGCUUGGCGCGUUUGAGAUGCAUGUGGGGCAAGCCUAGCAAAUGCAGAACUACGUCCUCUGUCACCACGGCAACCAGCGGCUGCUGGUAGCAUUUCCCUUUCUCUCACUGGCGAUGGCCCCGGUUGCUGCUCGGGGUGGGGGGGGCAUGGACGGCUGUUGUUUUUCAGGAAUAGAUGAUGCUUGUUGAGGUGA